GCGGUAUGGGCUCCCAUUGAGACUGGGCGGCUGUAUGAUGCGCGCUUCAAUUGAAGGUGAAGUAUAAAGAGGGAGGGUGUGAGCUUCAAUGUCAGCUCGAAUCAUCAUCUCAAAUCAUCAUCUCAAGCCACCACUCCUCUUUCAUUCACAAGCAAUUAUACCCGAGCAUUCAGCGAAUCAGCUCCCAAUUACACCAAUUCCCCUCUCAUAAAUCAACCAAAAUGCACACCACUUCACUCAUCACUCUGUCUGCCCUGGCGUCAGCCGCCGCGGCUGCUAACCACGUCGUCAAGGUUGGCGAUGGCGGACUCAAAUUCUCCCCCGAAUCGACGACUGCUGCUGUUGGCGACACCGUCGAGUUCCAUUUCUACCCCAUGGCGCACUCCGUCGCCCAGAGCAGCUUCGCCACGCCUUGCGAACCUCUCAACUCCACAAGCUUCUUCAGCGGUCCCGUUGCAGUGUCCAGCGGAGUCAGCGACACCGUCUUCACUGUGACGGUUGAGAACGAGACCCCCAUCUGGUUUUACUGCGCUACUGGAGACCAUUGCCAAGAGGGAAUGGUUGGCGCCAUCAACGCGGCUACGAGUGGAGAUAAAACCGUCGAGAAGUUUGCCGCAGCCGCAGCCAAGGCGUCCGACAAUGUCGCCCCUAGCUCGACUGGCGGCGGCACGCUCGGUGACGCUUCUACGGCCACCGCCUCUGGCUCCAGCUCUGCGACCAGCGCUGCUUCCAGCUCAACGGCGAGCGCCGGUUCCAAUGCCGGCCUCGAGGCGCGGGGAGAGAUCCGAUGGGGAUUGAUGAGCGCCGGUCUUGCCAUGGCCGGGUUUGUCGCUGGGUUCAUGAUUUAAGCAAAAGCCAAUCACCUGCGGACAUAAUAGGAGGGAUUGUAACGGAAAUUGUACACAAGGGCCUAGGAAUAUGGGAGCGCAAUGUGACAACACUUAGAAGCAAGCAAUGACAGGACAAGAACACGAAUUCGUGUGCAUAAUCAUCUCUGUUCAAUCUCACCUGCGUCAUAGUGAUCAUGAGUGUAACAAUCUGACAUGCAGAGAUUGGGCUCAACAAUUUAUUAUUAGCCCUACCGCCUAAAGACAAUGGGCGUUUUCUUGCACUUCUAUUUU